AUGGGUAAAUCGCGAGGAUAUCGUUCGGGCACUCGUUACGCCUUCUCUCGGGACUUCAAGAAGCAUGGCGUCAUCCCUAUGUCGGUCUACCUGAAGACCUACCGUAUUGGCGAUGUCGUUGACAUCAAGGCCAACGGUGCUGUCCAGAAGGGUAUGCCCCACAAGUUCUACCACGGCAAGACCGGUAUCGUCUACAACGUCACGAAGUCCUCCGUCGGUGUCAUUGUUCACAAGCAGGUCGGCAACCGCUACCUCGAGAAGCGUGUCAACCUCCGUGUCGAGCACAUCAAGCACUCUAAGUGCCGUGAGGAGUUCGUCCAGCGCGUCAAGGACGUCGCCAAGGCCAAGAUUGAGGCUCGCCAGACCGGCAACCGUGUCGAGGUCAAGCGUCAGCCCGUCAAGCCCCGCGAGGCUCGCACCGUCAGCUUCGAGGCUCUUCCCGAGACCAUCACUCCUGUCCCUUACGAGACUUUCAUCUAA